CGCGUGUCUACAAGACGGAGAGAGGGGCAGAGGGAGGCGGGCACGCCCAAGCGACGGUGUUGAAUGGCACCCGUCUGUUGCUUCUUGUGUACAUCGGUGCGCCCUGCGAUUGGCGGCGGAUGGGGAAAGGUAUCCAGCGCUGGCGCGCCGUGGGCGGGUGGAUGGCCUGUUUAUAAACCCAGAUCUUUCCUCGUGGGCGGGAACAGCAACAGUAGAGAGUGAGUGAAAGUGAAGCGCAGGGAGAGAGUGAGAGAGACGGCGGAGGAGAAGAGGCUGUGGUGGCGGCUGUGGUUGACCGGGGUUCGCGGAGGGGGCGAGGCGGCCGCCCCUGUAUGCCUCUUCAACCGCGCAUGGACGACCACCUCAGCCUCCUGCAAUCACCCCCGCCGAGCGCAACCAAAACCCGGGGCGACAACCUGGUGAACCACGGAUACACCGAGACAGAAGCCGACGUGAUGACGGUCGUGGCGUGUGACAACAUGCUGGAAGAGUCGGCGGCUCUCCCGGGCCACCACUCUCUGGACCGAUACGAGCCGGAUCACGAAUGCUGCGAGAGGGUCGUCAUCAACAUAUCAGGGUUACGCUUCGAGACGCAGCUCAAGACUCUCUCCCAGUUUCCAGAGACGCUGCUGGGGGACCCCAAGAAGAGGAUGAGGUACUUUGAUCCUCUCAGGAACGAGUACUUUUUCGAUCGGAACCGACCCAGCUUUGAUGCCAUUCUGUAUUACUACCAGUCUGGCGGGCGCAUCAGAAGACCCGUGAAUGUGCCCAUUGACAUUUUCUCUGAGGAGAUCCGGUUCUAUGAGCUGGGUGAGGAGGCUAUGGAGAAGUUCAGGGAGGAUGAGGGCUUCAUAAAAGAGGAGGAGCGGCCGUUGCCAGAGAAUGAAUUUCAGAGACAGGUGUGGCUGCUCUUUGAAUACCCAGAGAGCUCGGGUCCCGCACGGGGCAUAGCGAUAGUGUCGGUCCUGGUCAUUCUCAUCUCCAUUGUCAUCUUCUGCUUAGAGACAUUACCGGAGUUCAGGGACGAGAACAGGGAUCCGAUCACCAUUGCACCUGUGAUUAAUGGCACACUCCCAUAUUUCAUCAGCCCCUUCUCAGACCCAUUCUUUGUGGUGGAGACGCUGUGUAUCAUCUGGUUCUCCUUCGAGCUGCUGGUGCGCUUCUUUGCAUGCCCGAGUAAAGCCACGUUCUCCAAAAACAUUAUGAAUAUUAUUGACAUUGUGGCCAUCAUUCCCUAUUUCAUCACCCUGGGCACAGAGCUGGCAGAGAGGCAGGGGAACGGACAGCAGGCCAUGUCAUUAGCCAUUCUUCGCGUAAUUAGGCUUGUUCGGGUGUUUCGUAUUUUUAAACUCUCGCGUCAUUCCAAAGGGCUCCAGAUUUUAGGACAGACUCUAAAGGCCAGUAUGCGCGAGCUGGGCCUGCUUAUCUUCUUCCUGUUCAUCGGUGUCAUCCUCUUUUCAAGUGCUGUCUACUUCGCGGAGGCAGACGACCCAGAUUCGGGCUUCAACAGCAUUCCGGACGCAUUCUGGUGGGCUGUUGUCACCAUGACCACCGUGGGUUAUGGGGACAUGCACCCCGUGACAAUAGGUGGGAAGAUUGUGGGGUCUCUCUGCGCCAUCGCUGGUGUGCUGACAAUUGCCCUGCCUGUGCCUGUCAUCGUCUCCAAUUUCAACUACUUCUACCACAGAGAGACGGAGGGCGAGGAGCAGGCACAAUACCUGCACGUGGGCAGCUGUCAGCCUCUAGCAGACACAGAGGAGCUGAGGAAGACUCGCUCCUCUUCCUCGCUCAGCAAGAGCGAGUAUAUGGUGAUAGAGGAGCACGGGAUCAACAGCGCGUUCAAACAACAGCCCAACUUCCCCACCACCGCGCAAAACAACUCGCAGAAUUGUGUGAACAUAAACAAAAAGAUUUUCACCGACGUGUAGCCAAUUUCCGAGUCAUGGCCCUGAACACAGGAAAAAGGAGUGGUGUGUGUAAACACACAGCUGCUUCUGUCGCUGCGCUCCAGCGUGUGGAAGCAGAUCAGAUGAAGAAAGACAGGAAUUAAAAGAGAGACAAAUAAAGAAACCAAACCCUGUCUGUUCAGAGACGCUGCUUUGUUGCUCCAUUCAAAGAAUCAGGAUUUUUUUCAUUUCAGUGAUCUGAAUUCAUAACUCUCUAUGGUUUCCUUUUGCGCUUGGAGAGAAAGAGCUCCUUAAAGUAUUAGGCCUACUAUUCAUCUCUGAGCUAGGGAGUCGACCUGUUGUGCAUUGUGCAAUAGCCAAUAUAUCUUCACAACAGGUACUAAUAGAAGCUUUAUAACUGUGAAAGAUGAGUGCAAAUGUAUGCUACUCGGAGAACACUCACAUUGUAUUAACAUGCGUUAUGAGUCGUGAUUCGUCAGUCAUAGCCUAUGUAUAAUAUUCAGAAUAAUUUAAAUAUGUGUGUGUGUUUAAUAACACAUGUAAUGUCUGAAAAACACAGCUCUGCAUAUAUUAUCUCAAUUAGACCGUUCUGUGAUAUGCCUUUAUUGUGCGUUCAAGUCUAGUCCAAAUGCUACUGUCUUUAAAAAAUAACCCCCUAUAAUUUCGUGAACAUGAACUGUCCCAGUAAGCGAUUUAAAUGCGUAAAACGGCACCACAUAAACACAGGGGCCAGCCGACUGUCAGUGUCUCAUUAUCGGUGCAAGACACACGUGAAAGCGGAGAAAACACGGCGCGCUCUCACGCACACACACAGCGAUCAAAGAUGGAGCGUGCUUCUCUUUGGAUGCCUCAAAUAUAGCCCGCUGUGAUGCAGUCUCCAUGACGACGGUUGUUUCCUCGGUAACCCCAGUCACCGUUACCAUGGCACCCUUGUUUCCACAGUAACCCCCCUCCCUCCCCAACACCCCCACCCCCCCACCCCAGAUGGCUCGGGAGCUAUAUUGAAGAUUCUCAUCUAAAUAGCUCGUCUCCAGUCUCUAACAGGACUGUUUUUGUCAGCGCGCUCCGUCUGCGUAAAACACGAGCCCAAACAUGCCCUGCGCCGCCGUCCCCAGUCAACAAGCUCAGUCAGUGACACACAGAAACAAAUUGGAGUAAGAGGGUCUGUUUACAAACCGCCACUAUGAGCUGCCCCCUCCCCUAGAAAUAACUCGGGCACCAAUCAAAGAGAAGGUGCAAAGCUGGGAGAUGUGGAAGGAGAGGCAGCGCGUGAGGAAUUAUGAAUGAACUGGGAGCACAUUGUGUCUGGCUGUCCUGAGUGCGCUUCUGCUGGCCCUCACCAGAGGCUGCUGUUCUCCCACUGAUGAAACUGGUGAAAGUUGUUCCAUUUUCUACACAGACCUCCUGGAACUCCUGAUGACCCCAAUUAUACUGCCUCCCAUUUAGGGGGGCAAUGACUCUGGUCUUCCUGUUGGGCCAGAUUGGCCAAAGUUAGGAAUUAAGACAGACUCCCACCGGAUCAAUUUUCUCUUCCCUCCUCCUCCUGACUGGUGUCCUCAAACCUGGACUCGGUGCCUACCAGUCAUCCCCCUCCAGUGGAUCACCACUCAAUCCAAAAUGCAAUCAAAGAAUGACAACAUAUUCCACGUACAGUUUUUGUAGCUGCAGUUUUCUGACUGCUUUUCCUCCGGAGUUAACGCACUGUGAUUGGAACCAUCACAGGAUUCAGGCGGUGACAAAAUUCAGCUGGAACUGUGUAACGGACUCAGACAUUACUCCAUACUGCUUUCUAUAUAUAACUCAAAAGGACAGAUUCUGGAAACAGCCAGCAAUUUUGCAAAGCACAUUUCACUCCUUGACUUUUAUGGAUUUCUACAUUCUGCGUUCAUGUUCCUGGGUAAUGAUAUUCAUUACGGACAAUGACUGACAAACAGCUUUUGCUUGGAGUCAAAAGUGGCAAAAUCUGAGGCCAACCAUCAUUUGCUGAUAUGAAACUGUGAUACAAAUCAAAGACUGUUAGCCAUAUGCCUUUUGUUAGCUCUGUGUGCUCUGUAUUGCUAAUAUGUGAAACACACACCUACAUACGUGUGCUGGUUGCAGCUAUUCCCCUGACCUGCACGUGGAGAACAAUACAGAGACAUGCACAUACACAAACACAGACACAGACACGCACACACAUGCCUGCGAAUGGCUCUAUUUUAUCCCAGAAUGCACUGGUGUUUUUUGGGAUGGGGCAGAAUCAUGUCAGGGGAAGGCUGUGUAUGCCAGUAUUUGUUCUGUGUUAUUCUGUGCUGUCUUAAACAUGACCCAUAUAAAGAGAUUA